AAAGUAAACUAACAUAACCUAAAAGUCGUCAUCAACUAACCGAACCGAAAUUAAAAAUCAAACGGUAAAUAUUUAUAACAAUAUGGCCCAAAAUGCGAAAGAUACAGGGGAAGCAGAUAUCCAAACUCUAUGUUCGAUGUUCAAGGAAGGUUUAAAUAACUACAAUUCCAUAAUUAACAGUGACCAGCCUACAAAUAGCAAUGAAUUGCAGACACAAAUCAAGAAAACUAUGAAAACUUUUGAACAGGCAACGAGACUGGUAUCAUUAUCAAGCAUAUUUAGCACAAAUGAAGGAAUAGAAGAGAUACCAACAAAUGAUCUACAGUAUUUUCUUCUUCCAGCAUUUUUAGGUUCAUUAAGUCUAAAAUUAACUUCAGGAGAAAGGAAAGAUAUUGUAGAUGUAGCAGAAAUAUAUUUUAAGGAUUUUUUAAAGAGGUGUAAUGAUUAUGGUAUGAGUAAUUAUCAGUUUAAAGAGAAACAUAAAAAUGAUGAGAAAGAACAGAGGGAGAGGACAGAUUUGGAGAAAUUGGAGUACUCUGUCAACACUAGAGCUAAUAAAAUACAAAGAUUUAAAGAACAAAAAGAACUAAAAUCUAAAUUAGAAGACCUAAAGACAAACAUGGAAAAUGAACAUGUUGAUGAAGAAAUCAAAAGAAAAUACUUUCUAACUAUGAUUAAACUAUUUAUUUAUGAAUCUAUUGAUGAACUUAACAGUAUUGAUAUGGAAAAGCCAAUUUUAGAGCACAUGGCUAAUAUGAAGAAAGAGGAAAAACCUCAACCAAAGAGACCACCUCCUCCACCUCUAAGACCCAUUGUUAUAACAAAGGAUGAAGUACAGAAAGCUGUGUUUGGUGCUGGGUAUCCAUCUUUACCUGUUAUGACAGUUGAAGAAUUUUACCAAAAACGUGUUGAAGAUGGCAUCUUUCCUGAUCCAAAUAAACCCAGACAAGGUCCCAUAUCUUUGCAAGACGCAGCUUCUUCCGGCGUGUCUCUAAAUCAAGAAGAAAGAGACCAGGAGGAAAACGAGAAACUAGUGGAAGAAGACAACGAGGAGUACAUAGCUAGAAUGAGAGCUAAGGACGAAUUUAAGGAUGAUCACAGAAGAGGAUGGGGUAACAGAAUGAAUAGAAGCUAAGACUUUUUGGAAAUAAAUAUGGGUUGUAAAUAACGUUUUAAAAUAUUUUUUAACAUCAGCUGGAUACUACAUUUUUUAACAGGUUCUAAAGGAACGUAUCAAAAAGGCUCAAAUGCUUCGGCUAGUUUUUUACUCUCAAUAAAGCCACUUUUGUAUGUGUA